UGUCACAAUAUUAACCUUUUGUUGUGAUCCCUUUGCGAUGAAUUAUGUCUAUCAUAAUUUAAUUAACCGAUUAGGUGCGUGCAAUAUGUGAAUAAGAUUCGCCCCGGUGCUCUAUUAUGUAGUGUGUAAUGAACGAGAGAUCGUUUUCAGGCGACGGCGAACGACCGCAAGCUCCUACGGAAUGUAUUACUAGUAGAAUCGAAAGCUAUUGCCGCCGGAUGGUUGGCUUGUUGUUAGCUGCGAAGUUAUUCCGUCAUUUUUUGGCAUUGUCACGUAAGUGUUUGAAGUGUGAGUGUCACAACUGUCAUCGGAUGGUCUUUUGUAACAUUGCUAAAUUGUUAAACGCGUGUUGGAGUCCGCGGUUGAGCGUAUAAAAGACGUAAAAUGUUGACCAUUUCGCUCGCCCCAAGAUGGCUACCGACGGGAUUCAUUUUGCUUGUGUACGACCAGUGAACGCGCCGUAGCAUCCAAUCGGGCCGUUACACAACGAUUUAAAGGUAUCCCAGGCAUUUAGGACGCCAAUUUUUAUCGAUUCGUAUAAUUUUGCGUGAAAUUGCCCGUUUCACAAACACGUAAAUAUAGGUUUUAGCUCCGCGCUGGGUCGGCCACCGCCGGGUACCGCGGGGCCCCUUAUUUGCGAGCGAGGCGUGAACCCUGUGUUUUGAUUGCAGUUGAACGCCAUGUGUGAGCCCGAGGAAGUGUCCCAGCAAGUGUGGACCACCUGGAUACUGGAGGCCAUAAGGAAGAUACGGUCCCAGAAGCAGCGGCCCAGCGUGGAGAGGAUUUGCCAUGCGAUCCGUCAGCACCAUAACUACCACGAAGACGUUGUCGCCGAGCACCUGGAGGCCGCUGUCAAGGAGGGUUCGGUGCUGAAGGUUUUCAACAAGGGCCAGAGCUCGUACAAGGACCCGGGCGGUCUGCAGAACAGGACCCUCAAGAUCCAGAAGGGGGUAGAUUUGACUAAAGUGGUGACUAAGGCGGUGCGGGAGUUGGGCGAACGCGACGGUUCUUCAUUAAAAUCCAUUGAAAAGUACAUUAGACAGUCACACACAGUGGAAGAAAACGCGGAGAACGACCUCAAAGGCGCCCUGCGGAUGGCCGUGAAAAGGGCACUGUCCAGGAACUUUAUUGUGUCGGACGGGAAGAACUUUAAAUAUAAUUACAACCAGCAGAGUCCCGGGGUGAAACGCAAGCUAGACACCCCCAGGAAACAGUCCGACGAUCUCAACGUACAACCCAAGACGCCGGCUCCCCUGCCCAUCUGCACGGAGUGCCUGGGCACCGAGUCCAAGAAUCGGCACGGCGUCUUCGAGAAACUAAGUGCCUGCUCCGAAUGCGGGGCCUUCGUCCACUUGUCCUGCACGUCGGCGGGGCCCGAGUUGGCCGCCCUCUUGGCCAAGGGCGGCAAGUGGUUCUGUGAGGACUGCAAGGUCUGCGACGGGUGCGGUAAUACCGGGACGUCCACCUGCCUGCUGUGCUGCUGCAGUUGCGAGCGCAAGUACCACAUGGGGUGUCUGGACCCUCCCGCGGAGAAGAAACCCAAGUGCCCGUGGAGGUGCCGGCACUGCCUCGGCCACCACGACAACGUCAAGUCGCGGAAGUCGGAGCCGGGCAGCGCGGUGCGCAAGAAAAUCGAUAAGGUCAGGGAGAAGAUAAAGGAGAAGAAUAAGAGGUCGAAGGAGGGCGCCUCGCCAGCGACGCCCAGCCCAGCGACGACGCCGGCUCCGGCAAUAACGACGACGCCUACGUCGACGACCACGAGCGCAGCGAAAGGUGCCGCACGCAAGAGUAGGGUACCGGCGUUGAGCGAAAGCGACAGCAGCGAAUUUGAGGGUACGCCAAAUCCCGCCAAAAGUACACACCACCAUCCCGACCAAACCACCAUAUCCCCCGCCCCCUCCCCCAACCCCCAUGACACUACCGAACGCUUAGAGACCCACGACCGCAUGUCCAAGGAGAAACAGAAGUUCUUCCGGCUGUCGGCCUUCAACUCCGACAAGAAGAAGGAGAAGAGGCUGCUCGAGCCCAGGAAUCAGUCCUCCGCCGCCGAUAAGCUGAAGAGGAAGGAGAGCAAAGAGAAAGACGAUGUUCAGACGCCGGAUAAGGUAGAGAAACCAGUACCGGUCGAUAAGAAGAAUGAGGUCGAGAGGAAACCAGUAAAAAAGGUGCAGGAACCGGUGAAAAGGAACGAUAAAGUUGACCCAAAGACGAAGAACGGCAAGAUAAGCGCAGCAAAUGAGAAAACUAAGAAAGAGACCACCCCCCAACCUGCGGCCAAGUUGGCUGUGAAACCAAAACAGGAUAAAGUGGUACCGGUCAAGAAGAAGUUGCCUCCAAGGAACCAGAAAAACGUGGAGGUGCCGAAACCAGAGGAAAAGGAAGUGGAAGAACAAGAAGAGAGUUCUUCUUCCAGUGAGACGUCUUCGAGUAGUACUUGUUCCUCUGAUUCCGACGAUUCAGACUCAUCUGUGAUCGACUCGGAUUCUAGAACUAGCAUAAGGAACCUAAAAAUCCCGCAGAUAUACAGUGUCGGCAGCGAGAAGAAAGAGACUUUCGGCAGCAUAAGUGGAAUCACGGUAGACAAAGACGGGCCGUGGGGUUUCGCAGCAGCGGCAGCUGAAGCUCACAAGAAAACCACGAGCAAAACAGGGGACCCACCGUUUAAUAACGACAAGAAGUCCGAAAACUUGUUCAUUACGGUCUUAAAAGAAGAAGGCCUUCUAAAGGACGACAAAGACGACUCCUCGUUGCCGGCCAGCGAGAAAUCGUUAUCGGACAAGUCCCAAAAGAGCCAACCCGGGUUCGGGCAGCUGAAAGGCCUCUUCGACGGAUUAUCUCACUGGUUCGCGCCCCCCACCAUGAACAGAGUGAGCAGAACCCAACCGAACUAUAACCCGAACAGGCGAAAGCCCAAAGAGGACGCCCCCGCGGAGGAGAGCAAGGCGGUGGAGGAGAAACCGGCGGAGAAGAAACCGACAGUUGAAGAUAGAAGGCAGCAGAGCCGUCCCAAAGCCAACAACUCCGAUCCCCACCCGCGAGCCUCCCGUCCCUUUCCCAGUUCCACUCCCGUCCCCCACACAGAUGAGCAUGGGCCGCCGUCCGUCAUGACGCCGUCUGGGCUUGUUAAGACGGCGGUAAACUCGAAACAGCACGAGAGAAGGAAGUUGGUAAAAUCCGAAGGUGUCGGCGCGCCAAACAAUGCCCAAAAAACAAACGGUGACGAUGUUGUGCGUACCAUGAAAAAGCGCAGUCAUGUUGCCGCCGCCCCCGCGGCAAACCCACUGCCGCCGUUUACCAACAAUCAGACGGACAUGAAGCCACCCCAGUUACCCCCGGGCGUCACCCAGAAAGACGUGGAGCUCUUCAAGGAGACGAGGGAGAAGGCCGCGGCUGCCACGGCUGCUCUUCUACCCGUCGUUCCUCCCGAAGCCCCCGCCCCGGUUGUUAUCGUGUCCCCCUCGCAGUGCAUGGCGGCCCAAGGCAGGUGUCCUGCGGCUAUCGAGUUUGGCAAGUACGAGAUCCAGACGUGGUACUCGAGCCCGUUCCCCCAGGAGUACGCCCGGCUGCCCAAGCUCUUCCUCUGCGAGUUCUGCCUUAAAUAUACCAAGAGCAAGGCGGUACUGGAGCGCCACCAGGACAAGUGUACCUGGCGGCACCCGCCGGCCACCGAGAUUUACCGUUGCAAGGACCUGUCGGUGUUUGAGGUGGACGGCAACGUUAAUAAGAUCUAUUGCCAGAACCUGUGUCUGUUGGCGAAGUUAUUCUUGGACCAUAAGACUUUGUACUACGACGUGGAACCGUUUCUGUUUUACGUGUUGACGAAGAACGACAAGAAGGGGUGCCAUCUGGUAGGGUAUUUCUCGAAGGAGAAGCACUGCGUGCAGAAGUAUAACGUGUCCUGUAUUAUGACGAUGCCGCAGUACCAGAGGCAGGGAUACGGGAGGUUCCUGAUAGAUUUUAGUUAUUUGCUUUCCAAAGAAGAGGGUCAACCCGGAACACCGGAAAAACCACUCUCCGAUCUCGGCAGAGUUUCCUACUACGCCUAUUGGAAGUCCGUCGUGCUGGAAUACCUCCACGCCCACCGUACCGAGAAACUCAAGCUGACCGACGUCAGUCGGGAGACGGGCAUGUACUGCCACGACAUCGCCCUGGCUCUGCAGCUGCUCGGUUUCAUCAAAUACAUGCCUACCGACGACGGACACAGACCUUUCAUAUGCGCCGAUUGGGCCAAAGUGGACAGUCACGCCCAGAGGGUGUCCAAGUCCAAGAUGAGGAUCCCCAUCGAUCACGAGUGCCUCAGGUGGACGCCCCUGCUCAACACCACGGUGAAUCCGUUCAGGGAACCGAAAUCGGACGAAGAGAAGGAACAGGGCCUGGCGGAAACGGCGGACAUAGUCGUGCCGAUGCCCGAGAAGAUAAUUAUAGAGACCCAGCAAGGCGUGAAACUUAAAAGGGGCAAGAAGAGGAAGAUAUCCACCGCCCCUCCUAGGACGCCCAAGACGCCCAAGCUGCCUGUCGUCGUUCCCGUGGAAAACAACGAAAAUACGGAAGAAGUGGAGAUCACGUCGUCGGGUAGGAAACGUACCAGGCCGAGUAAAUUCAAUGAAACGACAUACGCCGACAUUAAGCAUAAGAGUUCCAGCGACGUUAACUCGAAGAGGAAACGGAACGAUUCUGCCAUUAACGGUAAAGAUGGAGAGACGGAGAAGAAGAAGGCGAAAGUCGAUACACCUUCAGUUAAAAGUGAAAUGGUACCAGUUCAAGUGGAAACGACUCCAAACGAGUCCAAGACGCCUCGAAGGGGUGCUCCGAAGGUGGUGGAGGAGACUCCUAAACGGCCACCAGAGGUUGUGGAAGACACUCCCAAAACCAAUUCCGCAACAAGGCCAAAGAGGGGAGCGGCGCAUACCAAAGAAAAAGUGGUGGGCGAGCGGUGGUCGCAGCGUAGAGUGAAGAAACAACAGGAACUGGAAAAACAACAGGAAUUAGAGAAAGGCAAGCAACUUGCGACGGAAAAUGUGAAGGAAAAAGAACAGGAAAUCAAACCCGUACAGCGACCUGUUGAAAACGCAAAGGAAAAAGACGCGCCGCUGUUGGAGAAGCAGAACGAAACACCUGACAUGCCAGCAGCGAAUUCAGUCGACUCGGCCGCUCCCAGUCUCACCCCGCAGAUCAAAAGGAGGCCGAGGACGGUGAAGAAGAAACGGGGUUGGGUGAAGGGUAGGGCACGGGGCAAAUUGCACGAGAAACAAUUGACCCUGCCCGAUCUGAUAAAAACCAAGCUGCAGAAAGACAGCGAGAGCGAGUCUUUGAUUUCGGAAAAAUCCGACGAAGAACCGGCGGUUAAGAAAGAUUUAGCCACCACCCCCAUCAGCUUGGAGAAACGGGAGAGAGUCAAGAAUAGGAAGGAGGACAAAAUCAAGAGAACUUCCAGGAUAUCGACGGAGGAGGAUUCCAGCGCCGAGGCCGACGACGAGAUGGAGAACGACGAGCUUCCCGUGACGAAAGACUCGUCGCCCGGCAGUAAAUACAAGUUUAGCAAGACUUCGCCUAUCAAGGAAGCCGUUCACAAGGAUCUCCUAAGGACGCCGACAAAAGUCGGCGAUAAGAGCGAGUCUAUAUCUCCCAAGGUGGAUAAACCCAAGUCUCCGGUGUAUUCCACCACCUCGGAAUCGGAAUUGGAGAUCGACGGACAGAAGAUCAAGACCAUAUCCCGCAAGGAGGUGUUCGAGGGGACCCUGAUAACGCCUCAUAUCAAGCAAACUGAGCCUAGCAGCACUGUGAUAACCAAUUCUAAAGAGAACAAGCAGCCCACGCCCAAGGAAAUUCCAGAGAAACCUUGCGGUGGCGAUGUCUUGCCGAAACCGUCCGAGACGACUUUCGAGAAUUCGAUGGAAAUCGAAGAGAAUAUAACGGAAUCGGGCCGGAAAUCCACGGAUAUGGAAAUAGAGAAGUUCGACGAUGAUAGGAAGGAUACGAUCAUCGUACCGAAGAUGACUUCCACGCCAAAGAAAGAAGAAAAACCUGCCUCGGAGCCAGUACAAAGCGUUUCCACCCCCGUAAUCAGCAAAGUGGACAAUGAGAAACCUCCUCAAGAAAUUAUAAAGCAGGAAUUACUAAGUUCUGUACCUAAAACCGAGUCCCUGCCGGAGAAAUCUCAAAUUCGAGUUCCCGAGGAAAACCCCAUGGCUCCCGUUGAGAGAGUCGACAGACAAAUAUGUCCCGAACCCGCGGUUACGGUUGGAAAAGUAGCGGUUCCUACUCGGGAAGUUGAAAAACCAGUAACGCACGACCACGUUGUUGAAAAACCGUCUGUUGAGGCGAUCGAAAAGACAAGUGAAAAGGUGCUCAAUCAAAUUCAACCGGUGGAACAAUCAACUCAACAGAAUCACACAUCAGACAGAACCGUCAUUAGUCAACCGGUAGAAAAACAUUUGAAAACCACUGAAAGCAUGGCUAACGACAAACCGGUAGAGAAAAUAGUGCAAACCGCUGAAAAGUCGCCCUCAAAUCAAGUCGUACAAAUGGAUAAACCGAUAUAUUACAACCAGUCAGUGGAAAAACCGUUACAUCAUACUCAACCGAUUGAAAUACCACUUAACCGCAACCAAUACACCGAAAAACCGAUUAACUUCAACCAGCAAAUCGAGAAACCGAUAAAUCACCACCAACAAGCUGAAAAACCGGUGAUACAUAACCAACCGGUUGAAAAACCAAUCAUCCAGAGCCAGUCGGUUGAAAAACCGGUGAUCCUCAACCAACCGAACGAAAGACUGAUCGUGAUGGACCAGAAACCGCCCAUGUUCGAACGUUCCCCGCCUGCGCUUCAGGAGAGCAAAGUAGAGAAACACUCUCCGAAGGAGGUGAAGCACGUACCGCAACCGUGCGACGUUAGGGAGCCCAUCAAGCCGAAAGAGGAGCCCAAGGUCUCCCCCAAACAAGAACCGAUCAAGAUGGAGAGCAGACCGAAGGUGGAAAAGUACGAGGAUAAACGUUACCACCAGAAAAUCGCUCACGAGGAAAAAACCGCUUACGACGCUCAACAAAAAGUGCACAUGGACAGCGAGAGCUUGCUGGCCAACGCGAUGGCCUCCCAGAACUACCACCACCUGUCGCAGGCGCAGUACCAGUGGCAAAGAGAGAGGCUGUGGAGUAUCUACUACGACCCAAAAAGGGAAUAUCCCACUUACUCGGUGUUACCUCAGUUCCCACCGUUGGAUAUGCUGCCGAAACAACCCAGUUGCGAGAAAGAGAAGAGCGUCUCCUCUAAAUCGCACGGACAUUCAAGCAGCCGUACGAGCGGGAGCAGCAAAUCCAAAGACGGCGGCAAAAGCGACAAGAACUCGUCACCUAGAAAAGACGAACGCAACAAGAGGAUGGAGGAGAGCUACAACCAAAUGAAAAUGGGCGAUGUUCACAAGAACUCGUCCAGUUGUUCUUACAACUCUCACAACGUGAAACACUCCACGACCAGUCCAGAAAAACCGGAGAACAAGAACAAAUCCGACCAAGACGAGCAACACAACGAAUCGAGCCAACAACAGGUGCAGACGUCCGUGAAACACACCCCGCCGACGCCCUCGGCGCCGGACAUCCCCUCGAUGGGCGUCUACACCCCCGAUUCCACCACGAAUUCCGUCCACAGUCUCCAUUACGGCCAGUGCGAGUUGGACGUGGCGCAGUUGGGGCUUGAGUCCCCGGCGAGCAUCUCCAGCGAUAUGGCGUCGCAGAACUCGGUGGAGGCCGUCAGGCCGCCGUCGGCGAUUACCCAGGCCCCCGCGCAGCAGCAGCAGCCGCCGCCGCCUCCGCAGACGAACUACGACUGUUCCGUGCAGCACAACAUGCAGCAGCAGAGCCUGCAGUCGCAGCAGGGCGCGACGGUACCCGCCUCGAGUCCGAAUAUGAGCGGGUCGGGAGCGAUGCAGAUGCCGCAGCAGCAGGCUGCGCAGAUGCACCAGAAUAGUACCAGUAAGAGGCAGAUGCAGCAGCAGAGGAACAGAUCGAACACGCCCUCAUCCAACAAGCAGCACGGCAUCAGCCGUUCCACCCCCCCGAGUGCCACACAGCAGCACGUCCAGCAGAACAGGCAGAGGGCGACUCCGCCCUCCAGCAGCGCCGCCCAGCAACUGCAGCACGUGCAGGCCAGUCCGUCGGCCCAGCACCAGGGCAUGCAGCAGCAGCAUCACGGAGGUGCCGCGGCGCAACAACUGCAGCCUCAUCUGCACCACCAGGUGGCCGCCGUGCACCAGGGGUACCAGUAUCAGUUGGGCGCUUCCCCCGUUCACCAGCACCCCCACCACGCCCACCACCACUCUGUGAUCAACCAGGGAAAUUAUAUCCCCGUGGCGGCCAGCACGCAGGCCUUCCCCUCCCAGGCUACGAGUACCUACGUGAGCGUUCCCAUGACGACAGUGAUCCAGCACAGAAUGAGUGCGCAACAAAGUGGAGUCAGUCCCCUGAGCACCUUAGGCGCUUCCCACCAGAAACUGGCUUCAAGCCCCAGUUGCGCCGUAACUUCCGGCACGAAUUUCUACAUCCAAACCAACCCCCACACCCAUUCCCACACGCCCGGGCCCACGCCCACCCCCUCGCCUGCCCAGCAGGCAAAUCCCGGUCAAACCCCCUCCGGUAACGCAAGCUGCAGCCUCGCGAAGCUCCAACAGCUCACCAACGGCCUCGACAUGAUCCCCACUUCGUGCAACACCAUGACCCCGCCCCCCACCGCUAUGACCCUCACGCCGCCCCCGACGCACCACCCGCACGCCACGAUGACCCCACCGCCGUCGCACCAGAUGAUACAGAAUCAGACGGUGCGAAACCUGACCCCGCCGUCCGCCAUACCCCCGAACCUCCAACAGCAGGUGCUGGGCUACCACAAGUACUACCAGACGAACAUGAACGUCAACCAACUGAGCGGCGCGGUGACUCCCCCCAUCGGGCAGAACCUGGGCCGGUCGGGGCGAAAUUCGAGCAACGUGGCCGCGAUGCAGCACAUGCAGACCCCCUCGAGCAGGGUCAGCCCGAACGUGACGCUCAACCCCAACGUCAUGUACAACAUGAACAGUUACCGGAUGGCCCCGCAACAGGCGCCGAGCGCCGUUACCGGUUAUAUAGCGAACACGGCGGCCGGUUUCAUCAACAACCAGAUUCCCAUGCAGAUGAUGAACAUGGCCCAGGCGCAGUACCAGGACCCGGCGGCGUUGCAGAGGGCGCAGCAGAACACGAUGUACACCGCUUACAUCAACGGGAUCAUGCAACCCCUCAACGGUACUAUGAGACGUUAAUGUCUAGUCGGUGGAUGUAUGAUCGUUGUACCCCGAAUUUCUAACUUUAUUCGUCUUUGAAAGUGGGAAACGUCGGACGUUUGAGACGUGCGAGGAGAAUUCGACGAUGGAUUGACGGAAUUUGAAGGUUAGUGUGAGUUUUUCGUAAUAAGUUUGCGUUUAUUAUGACGGAACGCGGUAGAAUGGAAAUCGGUAAGUUAUGAGUAUGACCGGAAGAAAUGAAUAAUGCCCUGUUUCGUUUUUUCUUUUUUUCAAGGAAUAUAAAAAAUUUGUUUUUUUUUAUUUAUGCUGACAUUUUUUUAUUUUAAGAUUAUACAGGGUGUUCCAAACCGCUUAAGCCCAACGGUACCUUCUUACAGAUCUAAAAAAAAACAUUUUUAUAAACGUAGAUACGGGAAAUGCUUAAAUUUUGAGUUACAGGGUGUUCAAGUUGAAAUUUCUGAGUGUUUUUUUAUGUAUUUAUUUAAAAUGCGUUAUGAUAAACAAAUUUACACAGACAUUCCACUUUUUAUCUUUUUUGUUACAUAAAAUGGCAGCUGUGAAUCAGAAUCAUUCAGGGGUAAUUACGGUAUCUUGUUGCGUGAUGUUUUUCCACUUAUUCAAGUCCAGAACUUCCCAAUUUGGAUUUUUUUACACGAAAAACGUCUUGCGUUUUUUUUACCCUGGUUUUGCACGAUAAUAUUUUUUAUGUAAAAUUUUGGUAUACACGUUGCGAGGAAUAUUUAUCUGAUAUUUUUAACGUGUAUUUUCUCGCCUAUUCAAUGAUUAUUUUGAGAAAAUCUUUUCUAAAUAUGCUUUCUCGUAUUUUGUAUCAAAAUUGAGCACAUCCGUGUUUCAUGAAUAAAAUAUUAUAAUUAAAUUAAAAUUGAAAAGUUUUUCUUGCAACAAAUACACAAA